AUGUCUCAAGUAGAAUUACAAACGAGUUUAGGAAAAAUAAUGCUUGAGCUUUAUAAUGAACACGCCCCAAAAACUUGUGAAAACUUCUACACUUUGGCAAAAGAAGGAUAUUAUGAUGGUGUUCUUUUCCAUAGAGUAAUUUCUGAUUUUAUGAUUCAAGGAGGAGAUCCUACAGGCACUGGACGAGGCGGUACUUCUAUUUAUGGUGAUUCGUUUGAGGAUGAAAUUCAUCCUGAAUUGCACCAUACAGGAGCUGGUAUUUUGUCUAUGGCUAAUGCUGGACCAAAUACGAAUGGAUCUCAAUUUUUCAUCACAUUGACACCCACACCUUGGUUAAAUGGUAAACACACAAUUUUUGGACGAGUUCAAAGCGGACUUGGCGUAUGUAAGAGAAUGGGUCUUGUUCGAACAGAUCCCUCUGACCGUCCUAUUGAACAAAUUCGGAUACUGAAAGCCGUUGCUCUUUGA